AUGACUAACUAUCAUAGUGCCGAGGAGCGAGGGACAUGGGCGGGAAAACUGGAUUUUAUUCUGUCGGCUAUCGGGUUUGCUGUAGGCCUGGGAAAUGUCUGGAGGUUUCCUUACCUGGCCUACAGACACGGUGGAGCCUCGUUUCUCAUCCCCUACCUCAUCAUGUUGUUCAUCUCGGGCCUGCCACUGUUCUUUAUUGAGUUAGCGAUUGGUCAGUUCACGUCUCAAGGACCAAUGACUUGCUGGAAAAUGGCUCCAAUAUUUACAGGUAUCGGCUAUGCCAUGGUGCUCAUUAGUUUCAUCGUCUGCAUCUACUACAACAUGAUCAUCGCUUACGCCAUCUACUACAUGUUUGUUUCCUUCGUCAACCUGGACGACCAACUGCCCUGGGAAGACUGCGGACACUGGUGGAAUACCGGAGAGUGUAGGAGGUCUGCCUUUCCCCGGCUCAACGACCCCAAGUACAACUUGACUCAGAAGAUGACACUGUUGUGGGGUGAUCUGUACAGGAAGUCGUGUGUAGCAGACAAACUGAACAGAAGCACUUACCCUGACUACAACCAUGGCACCAGUGCCAUGUUUAACUCCUUCCAAAAUGGCUUCUCUCUACUCUACAACACGACCAUAACCUCAGUGGAAGACUUGACCCAUUCUCAAGUUCAGGGUUAUGGCGAGUUCAAGAGCUGUCAGUUCUCCUACACCACCCCUUCCCAGGAGUAUUUUGAACGUUAUGUACUACGACAGCAUCUUUCAGAGGAUAUCGGUCACCUAGGAGAUAUCAGCCUCAAACUGGUGUUGACCCUUCUGCUGGCCUGGUUUCUCAUCUUCUGCUGCAUCAUGAAAGGCAUCAAAACUUCCGGCAAG